AUGUCAAAAGAAGUUGAGGGAAUGGAGACCCGUGGGAGGGCUAGGAAAGCCAGUCGCUCAAGGGACAUAUUGUCAGCUUUAGAGGAUCGCGUCGUCACUCUCGAGAGUUCAAUGGGGGAUAUCAAGGAGAGGGUUGAAGAUGUUGAUGAUAGGCUCCAUGAUGGACUGCAGUCCAUGCAGGAGCAGCUUAAAGAGUAUGUGACGGACAAUAUGAAACAGUUGACUGGUAGAGAUGAUGCCAUUGAGGCUAUGGUGGUGGCCUUGAAGGGAGAGAUUGCGGAGCUCAAGGGUGAACUCACAAUCUACAAGGUUGCCUUGGGCAAUGGUGGGUUAGCGGCUGCCGCACCCAAGCCCAAUAUUGAUGUUCCCAAGCCCAAAGAGUUUAAGGGAACAAGGUCCACUGAUGUGAGACGUGGUGGGUCUGAAAUCGAAACAUGGGAGGAGUUUCGAUGUGAGUUCAAAGCACAGUUUUACCCAGAGUAUGCCGAGGAUGAGGCUCGGGCAAGGUUGCAUCGGCUUGCGCAACAAGGCACUGUGAGGGAGUAUGUACAGGAGUUUAGCGAGCUUAUGCUCCAAAUCUCAGAUAUGGAGGAGAAAGAGGCAUUCUUUUCCUUUAUGGACGGAUUAAAACCGUGGCGAAGCAAGAGUUGCAGUAGAGGAGUUCAAGAACUCACCAAGGCUAUGUCGAUGAGAGAAUCACUUCUUGAAUUUGGUGGGAGGAAAGACAAUUCCAAUUCUUCUAAACCCAGAUUAAAGGGUAAUAGUGGGGGAGAUAAAGAAAGGCCCACUAGGAACGACGAUGGUAAGAAAUCUUGGGACAAGAGAAAGAGUGGGCCUAUAAGGUGCUUCCACUGUGAGGGUCCACAUAUGAUCAAGGACUGUCCAAAGAAGGCCGCUCUCAAGGCUAUGGAAGCAAAGGGGGAGUUCGAUGUGGAGGAUAACAACCUUGGAUCGAUACUAGGGGGUGUCGAAGAUAGAAUGAGCCAUGGUUUGAUGUUUGUAGAUAUCAUUGUGGCCGGCAGAAAAUUGAAUGCGCUCGUUGACACAGGCGCUUCUGAUUUAUUCAUGUCUGAGGAGGCUGCUUGUAAACUGGGCCUCAAGAUAGAUAAUGAAGGGGGUCGGAUCAAAACAGUGAACUCGGAAAGUAUUCCAAUCAAGGGGGUUGCAAAGGGAGUGGAUCUUCAGCUCGGCAAUUGGUCAGGGAAGGCAUCCAUUAAGGUAAUACCACUUGAUGACUAUGAUUUUGUGGUGGGACUAAGCUUCCUUGAUCAGGUUAAAGCUCUUAUUGCCUCUUCGAGCAAUUACAUGGUGAUUUCAGAUGCGAAACAUCAAUGCAUGGUGAAAGUGACAAGGAAGAGAAGCUUUGAGGGAAAAACACUAUCAGCAAUUCAGUUUGCUAAAGGUGUACGGAGAAAUGAAGUCUCAUAUUUAGCCACCUUGAAGAUCGAAGAGACCGCUGAGUCUGUUAGUGAGAUCCCGAAAGAAGUGGGACAAUUGCUACAAUCAUUUCGAGAUGUAAUGCCUGCUCAGUUGCCAAAAAGUUUGCCACCCAAGAGGGAGGUGGACCACAAAAUCGAGUUAGUAUCCAAUGUGGUGCCGCCAGCAAGGGCCCCCUAUCGUAUGUCUCCGCCAGAAUUAGAAGAGUUGCGGAAACAAUUGAAGGAACUUUUGGAUGCGGGAUUCAUUAGACCAUCUAAAUCCCCAUAUGGUGCGCCAGUGUUGUUCCAAAAGAAACACGAUGGGUCCUUGAGAAUGUGCAUCGAUUAUCGAGCUCUAAACAAGAUCACCGUGAAGAAUAGGUAUCCUAUUCCUCUUAUCGCAGAUUUGUUCGAUCAGCUUGGUAGUGCAAGAUGGUUUACCAAGUUAGAUUUGAGAUCGGGGUAUCAUCAAGUUCGGAUAGUCGAGGGGGACGAACCAAAGACAGCUUGUGUGACACGGUACGGUUCGUAUGAGUUCCUUAUGAUGCCUUUCGGACUCACGAAUGCUCCAGCUACAUUCUGCACCCUAAUGAAUAAGGUACUUCAACCCUUUCUUGAUCGUUUUGUGGUUGUUUACCUUGACGAUAUUGUGGUCUAUAGCAAGUCGCUUGAAGAGCACGUAAGACACUUGAGGGAGGUGUUCCAGACUUUGAGGGAAAAUGAGCUGUUCGUUAAGGAGGAGAAAUGCUCAUUUGCCCAACAAGAGGUGUCAUUCUUAGGCCACAUUGUGGGAGGCGGUAAGAUCCGAAUGGAUAAAAAUAAGAUUCGAGCCAUUUCAGAGUGGGAGCCUCCAACCAAGGUAACAGAGUUGAGAUCUUUCCUUAGAUUGGCAAAUUACUAUAUCCGCUUUGUCGAAGGGUACUCCAAAAUUACCACUCCCUUGACGGACAUGUUGAAGAAGGGGAAGGUAUGGGAUUGGAAUCCAGAAUGUGAGAAGGCCUUCAACCAAUUGAAGCAAGAAAUGACGAGGGAGCCCGUACUUGUCUUGCCGGAUUUUAUGAAGCCUUACGAGGUACGUACAGAUGCAUCAGAUUAUGCUAUUGGGGGAGUAAUGAUGCAAGAUGGACACCCAAUCGCUUUCGAGAGUCGAAAGCUUAACGAGACGGAACGUAGAUAUACGGUCCAAGAGAAAGAGAUGACUGCGGUAGUACACUGCUUGCGCACAUGGAGACAUUAUUUAUUGGGUUCCAGGUUCGUGGUUCUUACCGACAAUGUUGCCAAUAGUUACUUCCUAACCCAGAAAAAGUUGUCUCCCAAGUAGGCUCGUUGGCAGGUUUUACUAGCAGAGUUUGAUUUCACAAUGGAAUAUAAACCAGGAAGUGCCAACAAUGUUGCUGAUACACUUAGUCGAAAGAUAGAAUUCGCAGCAAUCAGUCAACCUGAUGGCUCUUUGUUGGAACGCAUUCGAGAGGGAUUGUCCCAUGAUCCUACGGCCAAAAAUUUGAUUGAGCUUGCCAAGGAGGGAAAAACAAGAAGAUUUUGGCUUGAUGGGGAGCUAGUAUACACUCAUGGACACCGCCUCUAUGUGCCCCAUUAUGGGAAACUCCGUAAGGAAGUCAUGAAGGAAUGUCAUGACUCGAAAUGGGCAGGCCAUCCAGGGAUGCAUCGCAUUUUGGCCCUUUUGGAGGAUCGCUAUUAUUGGCCUCACAUGGGUGUUGAUGUGGAAACCUAUGUGAAAACUUGUCUAGUGUGCCAACAAGACAAGGUUGAGUUAAAGACUCCAGCCGGCUUGUUUCAACCCCUGCCAGUCCCAGAAAGGCCAUGGGAGAGUUUAUCCAUGGAUUUUAUUAUUGGUUUGCCUAAGUCUGACGGGUUUGCUAGUAUUCUUGUUGUGGUGGACAGGUUUUCAAAGUAUGCGACUUUUAUUCCGGCGACCAAAGAGUGCCCUGCUGAGGAAGCAGCUCGGUUAUUCCUUAGACACGUGGUGAAAUAUUGGGGAGUGCCACUAUCUAUUAUCAGCGAUCGAGAUGGUCGAUUCUUUAUCGAUUACGGGACGGAGUUGUUCAAGUCAAUGGGCUCGAUUUGA